GAACGGCCACGGCCAACGAGCAGGUGACAGAGCGAGGACCAGCUUGAGCAAAAGAGCACCAUCGGCGACCAUCUUCUCCAACACAUCCUUCCUUCUCUCGCCUACACCUCCGUCCUCAAACAACAAAACGCCGACGACAAAGCUACCUCGAAGGCUGCUCCGGCGAUGGAAGACGGCGGGAGGAGCACGCCGUGGCGCUUCGCGGCCCCGAACCCGACCUUGGCGGCCGCCGGCGAGAGGAGCAUCCAGAAGGCCCUCCUCCAGGUGCACGCCUGCCUGGACGAGCGCGGCCCGCGGCCCGUGAUCCCGCUGAGCCACGGCGACCCCUCCUCCUCACCCUCCUUCCGCACCGCGCCCGAGGCGGAGGAGGCCCUCGUCGCGGCAGUGCGCUCCGGGGAGUACAACGGGUACCCCACCCCCGCUACCGGCCUCCCCGCUCGCAGAGCUGUUGCCGAGUAUCUAUCCCGCGAUCUUCCUUACAUGAUUUCCCAUGAUGAUAUUUUCCUCACUUGUGGAGGUAGCCAAGCAAUUGAGACUGUGAUGUCUGUUUUUGGCCAAGCAGGCGUCAACAUAUUAUUGCCAAUGCCUGGUUACCCAAAACACGAAGCACAUGCAGUGUUUCAUAAGAUGGAAGUACGGCAUUAUGAUUUUCUCCCGGAGAGAGGAUGGGAGGUUGAUUUGGAAGCUGUUGAAGCUCUCGCAGAUGGGAAUACUGUUGCAAUUGUGAUUACCAACCCCAACAACCCAUGUGGCAGUGUGUAUACCUACGAACAUUUGGCCAAGAUUGCAGAUAUAGCAAGCAAGCUCGGUAUUUUAGUCAUUGCUGAUGAAGUAUAUGGUCACCUUGUAUAUGGUACCACACCUUUUGUGCCAAUGGGUGUUUUCGGAGAGACUGUCCCGGUAAUCACUUUGGGAGCUAUAUCGAAGAGAUGGGCUGUACCUGGCUGGAGGCUUGGUUGGAUAGCAACUUGUGACCCUAAAGGCAUUCUGAGAAAAACCAAGGUUGUUGAUUCACUCAGAAGCUUCGUAAGUAUAAUAUCAGGUCCUGCAACAUUUAUUCAGGGAGCUAUUCCUCAUAUUAUCAAGAACACAAAUGAUGAAUUCUAUGACAACAUUGUCAAGCUGUUGAAGGAGACUGCAGAGAUAUGUUAUGAUGCAAUAAAAGAAAUUAAGUGUAUUACCUGCCCCCACAAACCAGAGGGCUCAUUUUUUAUGAUGGUAAAACUGGACGUGUCACAAUUUUCGGACAUUUGUGACGACGUAGACUUCUGCAGCAAGUUGGCGAAGGAGGAAUCAGUUAUACUGUUGCCUGGGAAAUCUUUGGGCAUGGAGAACUGGUUGCGCAUCACCUUUGCUUCGGAGCCACCUACACUGAAGCAAGGGCUCGAAAGGGUGAAGUCUUUCUGCAGGAGGCAUCAGUCACAGGCCAAUUUGUGUUAAUGGGUUGGUGGUAACACCGCGUUACUUUCCUCAAUCGCUGUUGAGGUUUCAGUAAUGCCUUACACAUUAUUUCCAACAAACAAUAUAGGGGUAAAAAACCUUCAUUUGUUUGAAUAAAACUUGGCCCUGUCACAUACA